AUGCCUAUAUUAUUUAGUGUUGUUGCUCGUGGUACUGUUGUGCUGGCGAAAUAUGCUACUUGUGCUGGAAACUUUACAGAAGUAACGGAGCAAAUAUUGUCCAAAAUACCACCACACGAUGAUAAAUUGACAUACUCUCAUGGAAAUUAUCUGUUCCAUUACAUUGCGGAAAAUAAGUUAAUUUAUUUUUGUAUUACUGAUGAUAAAUUCCAACGAUCUAGAGCCUUCCUUUUUUUAAAUGAAAUCAAAAGAAGAUUUAUAGCAGUAUUCGGUGAUACAGCACAAACAGCCAUCCCUUACGCUAUGAACAGUGAAUUUGCUCGUGUUCUUGCUACAGAAAUGAAGCACUACAGUGAAUCACGAGAUCUUGAUACCAUAUCAAGGGUGCAUGGAGAAUUGGAUGAGCUUAAAAACAUAAUGGUAAAAAAUAUUGACAGCAUGACAAUGCGUGGCGAAAAAUUAGAAUUGAUAAUGAACAAAGCUGAGAACUUAGCUACUACGUCGGUUACAUUCAGAUCAACAUCGAGAACAUUGCAGCGCUCAUUGUUCUGGAAAAAUAUUAAAAUGUAUGUGAUCUUGAUAGUAGCAGCCGGGGUGGCGGUUUAUCUGAUCGGAGCCAUGGCUUGCGGCGGUCUCGCCUGGAAGUCGUGUGUAGGAUAA